GAGACUGCAUCUUGGCCAGCACUCUAUCCUGGUCCUGUAUCUUCGCCCAACUGCGGUGAGUGCUUAUCUUGAAAAGGGAAAAGCUAGCAAAAGCACUUCCCUUGCGUCACUAACAAAAGCUUCUUGAUUCCUUCCCCCCCACACAACAAACAUAUAUAUAUAUAUAUAUAUUUGUUUCAUGAAUCACAAUUUUUACUUCCACUCUCUCUCCUCUCCCCCCUUUCUCUCUCUCUAGAUUUUGCUAGAUGGAAGCACCUCUUCCCAUUCACAGAGCCAAGUGUCACACUCUCUUUCUCAACAUAUCCUUUCUCCUCCUCAUCAUCUGCCUAACACUCACCCAUCUCUCCUCACCUUCCAAAUCUCACUUCCUCAAUCCCCAAAAAACCAACUACUCUAAAAUCUUAGACAGUGACAACAUUGGUUGCAAAGACCUUCACAACCACCAUGAAAGCCAAUCAAAGUGCUCUUAUGUGAAAUCCCACAAGGGUUGUCAACUAGGAAGCUUCAUACCCUAUCUCCAACUCUUCUACUGCACUUUCUCCACCAACCCACCACUUGGUUUCACUCUCCUCAUCCUCGGGCUUGUCUUGCUCUUCUAUCUCCUUGGUGACACAGCUGCAAAUUACUUUUGUUCCUCACUUGAGGGCUUGUCUAGGGUUUUGAAUCUCUCUCCUUCUAUUGCUGGUGUGACUCUUCUCUCUCUUGGGAAUGGCGCUCCAGAUCUCUUCUCAAGCAUAGCUUCUUUCAUGGGAGAUUCAUCAGGAGGAGGAGAGAGUGCCAAUAGUGGUGAUGUUGGGCUCAAUAGCAUUUUGGGUGGAGCAUUUUUUGUGUCAAGCAUUGUGGUUGGAAUCAUAAGCAUUUGUGUGUGCCAUAGCCGGGUAUCGGUCAAUAAGUCAAGUUUCAUUAGGGAUGUCCUCUUCUUCCUACUCUCCAUCCUAUGCCUACUUGUGAUUAUCGCAAUUGGAAAGAUCAACUUAUGGGGUGCAAUCUCUUUUCUUUCUCUCUACCUUGUUUAUGUGUUCUUGGUGUCCACCUCGGAGCUUUGUAAUAGUAAUAGUAGUAAGGAUAGAUCUAUAGGAAGCUCCUGCAGUUCCCCCAUGUGCAGUACUGUUGUUUUACUAGGCCCAUCUAAGCCCCUCCUGUCUGCAUCCCCUGAGUUAGGAGCACCUUUGUUGGGUUUAAUAAUUGAUAAGAGCCCUAUUUCUUCAAUCAUUGAUCAAGAAAACCAUGAGCUUCAAGUUGGUGAACCAAAAGGUAUAAGAUGGUGUUUGAACAACAUUGAAUUUUCAAGAUUUUGGUGGUGGUUUGGGAAACUUUUGUGCAUUCUAGAGCUUCCACUUGACUUGCCAAGAAGGCUAACCAUACCGGUCAUUUCUGAGGAGAGAUGGUCCAAGCCAGUUGCAGUUAUAUCAGCCACGCUAGCUCCAAUUUUCUUGGCUGUGAUUUGGGACUACUAUGAUGGUCCUCCAAACACAAACCAGCUUUUGAUAGUUGGAAUUGGUGCCUCAUUUGGAAUUGUUUUGGGUGUUUUUGCUUUCUUCACCACUGAGGUGUCUGGCCCACCAAGGACUAGGAAGUGCUUGUUCCCAUGGCUUGUAGGGGGGUUGAUGAGCAUCACUUGGACAUACAUUCUUGCCGAUGAACUGGUUUCUCUGUUGGUCUCACUAGGCCUUGUAUUGGGCAUAAGCCCUUCAAUUCUAGGGCUGACUGUCCUUGCUUGGGGCAACUCUCUUGGUGACUUAGUCUCCAAUUUGUCAAUGGCAAGGAAUGGUGGCCCAGAUGGGGUCCAGGUUGGCAUUUCAGGGUGCUAUGCUGGGCCCAUUUUCAACAUUGUUGUGGGCUUGGGCUUGUCACUUGUUUUUUCAUCAUGGGCUGUGUAUCCAUCUUGUUGUGUCAUACACACAGAUUCAACUGUGUAUGAAACUGUGGGCUUUCUAAUGGGUGGAUUGCUUUGGGCCCUCGUAGUCCUGCCCAUUUACAAUAUGAGGCUUCAUAGGUUUCUGGGUGUUGGGCUUUUGGCCAUAUAUUUGUGCUUUCUUUGCCUCAAAAUGGCAAGAACUCUUGGCCUACUGCAAUAACUUCACGUGUCUCUAUCCCACUUCAUGACAUAAGGAGGCCUAACAGUGGCUCAUUUUGUAUAUAGCAUUCCUCAGAAGAAGAAAAAAAAUGCUAGCUAUCGCCGCAUAUAUUUGAUUAUUUUUAUUUUAGUUCUUAUGUGUAUGAUUGUAUGAUUGUAUUGAACCACAUAAAAGGUGAAGAGUUUAGACAAAUAUAAUCAGGUAUGAAGCACGGA